AUGACGAUGUCGUUGAUUUCUAAAAGAGCUUUUAGUUGCAGUUCAAUUUUAAGAUCCUAUAUUGGAUCUGCUCCUAUUUUCCUUACAGAAGGGACUGAUGUUGAUAUAAAACGGAUGGAUUUGCCGAAAGUUAUAACGAAAGGGACUAGAGUGUUGACUCUGUCGCAAUUGGUCACUGUGAAGGGUCCUAAAGGUAGUAUUACCAUGGAGGUUCCUGAUUUUGUAAGUAUACAAAAGGAUGUUCAAAAUAACUUAUUGAAGGUGGCGGUGACGGAUUCAACUAACAAACUUCAAAAAUCCAUGUGGGGUACUACAAGAUCUCAUUUGAACAAUCAUGUUAUCGGUGUAAAUGAUAACCAUUUAGCAAUUUUGAGAUUUGUAGGUACUGGUUAUAGAGCAUCAUUAGAAAAAAAAGAAAAUAAUGGAAUUUUUGUAAAUGUUAAAGUCGGUGCAUCUAUUACACAAGGUUUGGAUGUUCCGGAAGGCAUAACAGUUUCCUCUCCAUCGCCGACAUCAUUGACUAUCGAAGGGUGCAAUAAGCAACAGGUACUUCUUUUUGCUGCAAAGAUUAGGAACUUUCAUCCUCCAGAACCAUAUAAAGGUAAAGGUAUUUAUGUGAACGAUGAAACUAUCAAGAUCAAAGACAAAAAGAUUAAAUAG